GGCUCCAGCUGUUAUUGUUGACAGACGGAGCUUCGGGGGGAAAAUGGCGGUGUCCCGUCGAUCCUCACAGCACCAACAAAGCAGCCUACAACCGUCUCAGCGGAACGCCGUGAUCGCGUCCCCUCCUCCCGAAUCACCGUCCGCUAUUAUUCCCGAUUCGACGUGUUUAUUGAGCCCUUCAGCCACUGGCGCAGCAGAAUGCGGCGGAUCGACGAUGGAGUCCGCAGCGGCCUCCUCCACCUCCGCCUCUUCCCCAGACCGGCCCGCCCCGGUAACAGCAGCGGCCGUGGGGGGACCGUCAGUCCUCGGCAGCUCCAGUUGUAGCAGCAUUAGCUCCAGUGCGACCGCGGGCAGCCAAAGCCCCGAAUCUGGAGCCGCCAGUCCCGGGGAGGCGGUGUGCGGGGCUGGCGGGGCGUUCAGGGAGCUGUUCGAGGCCUGUCGAAACGGAGAUGUGUCGCGGGUGAAGAGGCUGGUGGACUCGGUGAAUGUGAACGCUAAAGACAUGGCCGGACGAAAAUCAACCCCUCUGCAUUUUGCUGCAGGCUUCGGCAGAAAGGAUGUAGUCGAGCAUCUCCUGCAAACCGGAGCAAACGUUCAUUCCCGUGAUGAUGGUGGUCUGAUUCCGCUCCAUAAUGCUUGCUCAUUUGGCCACGCGGAAGUGGUCAGCCUGCUGUUGUGUAGCGGCGCCGACCCCAACGCUCGAGACAACUGGAACUACACACCUCUGCAUGAGGCUGCCAUCAAAGGCAAAAUAGACGUCUGCAUCGUGUUGCUUCAGCACGGUGCUGAUCCAAAUAUCAGAAACACUGACGGCAAAUCAGCUCUGGAUCUGGCAGACCCUUCUGCUAAGACCGUCCUCACUGGUGAAUAUAAGAAGGACGAGCUAUUGGAAGCAGCAAGGAGUGGAAAUGAGGAAAAACUGAUGGCACUUUUGACCCCUCUUAACGUCAACUGUCAUGCCAGUGAUGGACGCAAGUCAACAUCACAAAAAAUGCUGUCCACUCCUCUCCACCUGGCCGCUGGAUAUAAUCGCGUGCGUAUCGUGCAGUUAUUGCUGCAAUACGGUGCAGAUGUCCAUGCCAAAGACAAAGGUGGUUUGGUUCCUCUGCAUAAUGCCUGUUCUUAUGGUCACUAUGAGGUCACAGAGCUUCUGCUGAAGCAUGGGGCGUGUGUUAAUGCCAUGGACCUCUGGCAGUUCACGCCGCUGCACGAGGCGGCGAGUAAGAAUCGAGUAGAGGUUUGUUCACUUCUGCUGAGUCACGGUGCAGAUCCAACACUUCUGAACUGCCACGGCAAGAGCGCGGUGGAUGUGGCUCCCACACCUGAGCUCAAAGAGAGACUCACCUAUGAAUUUAAAGGACAUUCGCUUCUGCAAGCAGCCCGUGAGGCAGACAUGGCGAAGGUCAAGAAAACGGCUCAAGAAAUCAUCAGCUUCAAACACCCGCACUCGCACGACUCUGCUCUGCACUGCGCCGUAGCCUCUCCUCAUCCCAAACGCAAACAGGUCACAGAGUUACUGCUGAGGAAAGGUGCCAACAUUCACGAGAAGAACAAGGAUUUCAUGACUCCGUUUCACGUAGCAGCGGAACGAGGUCAUAACGAUGUGCUUGAAGUCCUGCAGAAACACGGAGCAAAGGUGAAUGCUGUGGACACACUGGGACAGACAGCUCUGCACAGGGCGGCUCUUGCUGGUCACAUCCAGACCUGCAGAUUAUUGCUGAGUUACGGGGCAGAUCCUUCAAUCGUCUCACUGCAGGGAUUCACUGCGUCACAGAUGGGGAAUGAAGCCGUUCAGCAAAUACUCAAUGAGAACAUUCCUCCCCGUAAUUCAGAUGUGGAUUACCGCUUGCUCGAAGCUGCUAAAGCCGGAGACCUCGAUACAGUGAAGCAACUGUGCUCUCCUCAGAACGUGAACUGUCGGGAUCUGGAAGGUCGUCACUCCACACCGCUGCACUUCGCCGCUGGCUACAACCGCGUGGCUGUGGUGGAGUAUCUGCUCCAUCACGGGGCCGAUGUACACGCUAAAGAUAAAGGGGGUCUGGUUCCUCUGCACAAUGCAUGUUCGUAUGGUCACUACGAGGUGGCGGAGCUGCUGGUGAGACAUGGAGCGUCUGUGAACGUGGCCGAUCUUUGGAAAUUCACACCACUACACGAAGCUGCAGCAAAGGGCAAAUACGAGAUCUGCAAACUACUGCUCAAGCAUGGCGCAGACCCGUCUAAGAAGAACCGUGAUGGUAACAUGGCUCUGGACAUGGUGAAGGACGGAGACACGGACAUUCAGGACCUGCUGCGUGGAGACGCCGCUCUGCUGGACGCUGCCAAAAAGGGCUGUUUGGCCCGAGUGCAGAAACUCUGCAGCCCGGAGAACAUCAACUGUAGAGACACGCAGGGCAGGAACUCCACACCUCUACACCUUGCAGCUGGUUAUAAUAACUUGGAGGUGGCCGAGUAUCUCCUGGAGCACGGAGCGGAUGUGAACGCUCAGGAUAAAGGAGGACUGAUCCCUCUGCAUAAUGCUGCUUCAUAUGGGCAUGUGGAUAUCGCCGCCCUGCUGAUCAAGUUCAACACGUGUGUGAAUGCCACAGAUAAGUGGGCUUUCACUCCUCUGCAUGAAGCUGCGCAAAAGGGCCGAACACAGCUGUGUGCAUUGCUUCUGGCACACGGCGCAAACCCCACCAUGAAGAACCAGGAGGGACAGACGGCUCUAGACCUCGCCACGGCUGAUGACAUCCGUGCGCUGCUGAUGGAUGCGAUGCCUCCUGAUGCCCUGCCCAGCUGUUUCAAACCGCAGGCCACUGUGCUCAGCGCUGCCCUCAUUUCUCCCGCCUCCACACCCUCCUGCCUCUCCGCCGCCUCCAGCAUCGACAAUCUGGCCGGACCCCUGUGUGACGGGGCCAGUGGAGGAGCCGCGGGACCUGCUGAUGGAGCCUCCAGCACUGAUCGCAAAGAAGGAGAUGGUGCGUUAAUACAAGGAAACAAACUAACUGCUGUCCUGGAUAUGAACAUCUCCCAGUUCCUGAAGAGUUUGGGCCUUGAACAUUUGAGGGACAUCUUUGAGAGAGAACAGAUCACUCUGGACGUAUUGGCUGAUAUGGGUCAUGAGGAGCUCAAGGAGAUCGGAAUCAAUGCUUACGGACACCGUCAUAAACUCAUUAAAGGCAUUGAGAGACUGCUGGGAGGACAGCAGGGUGCCAAUCCAUACCUGACGUUCCACUGCACCAAUCAGGGCACAGUAUUGAUCGACCUGGCUGUGGAUGAUAAGGAGUUUCAGUCCGUUGAGGAAGAGAUGCAAAGCACAAUUCGGGAACACAGGGAUGGUGGAAAUGCGGGUGGCGUUUUCAGUCGUUAUAAUGUCAUUAAGAUCCAGAAGGUGGUGAAUAAGAAACUGAGAGAGCGAUACACACACAGGCAGAAAGAGAUCGCAGACGAGAAUCACAACCACCACAAUGAGCGAAUGCUGUUUCACGGAUCUCCGUUUAUAAACGCCAUCAUCCAUAAAGGCUUUGACGAGCGUCAUGCGUAUAUAGGCGGCAUGUUUGGAGCUGGUAUAUAUUUUGCCGAGAACUCUUCAAAGAGUAACCAGUACGUCUACGGCAUUGGUGGCGGCACUGGAUGCCCAACUCACAAAGAUCGUUCCUGUUACCUGUGCCACAGGCAAAUGUUGUUCUGCCGUGUGACAUUGGGAAAGUCCUUCCUGCAGUUCAGUGCCAUGAAGAUGGCCCAUGCUCCCCCUGGGCAUCACUCUGUGAUCGGCCGUCCCAGUGUUAACGGCCUGGCCUAUGCUGAGUAUGUGAUCUAUCGCGGAGAACAGGCCUACCCAGAGUAUCUCAUCACCUAUCAGAUAAUGAAGCCGGACAGCACGCCUCAGUCCUCCACAGGAGCGGAGCAGAAAUCAUAGUCAGCAACACUGCAUUCACUCACUCACUCCUUGACUCACUCACUCAUUCUUUCUCACUCUCUUGUUGCACAAAGGAAAUGUGAACUUUCCCAUGUACCCACGUCUUACCCAUGAAAUUCCCCAUGUAUGAAUUAUGAAUUUGCACUUUUAAAAAAACAAAACAAGUUACUUAAGUUAUUUGAAAAUAGUUGCAAUUGUGAAGUCUAAUGUACAGGUAGUAUAAAGAAAACGUGUAAAACUGACUGUGUUUAACGAUGCUAUUUGAGUUGUAUUUUAAUGGAACUUUGUUUUUUUGCUUUUUGUUUUGGAGUCUGUUAAAUUUCUUUUAAAUAAAUCUCAUCAGAACAGGA